UUUUUUUUUGGGUAGUCUCAGCCACUCCAAAAUUCUAUGAAUCUGCAGUAGCUCGCAAACCACUUGGUAUAUCCACAUGCGUAGGGUAGGCCUGAGCUCCAGCGUUCUUAAAUGCCUAUUCCCUUCCUCUCCUUAUAAAUGCUAGCUCAUGUUGCUUCACACAUUCACACAGGGCAAAGCUCUUAGAUUUUUUCACCUCCUUCAACACACAUGACACUGUUGAGCAUCUUUCCAACAAUGGAGGGGUGGUUUUCUUGCAUAACAAAGGCAGUAUUCAGGUCUAAAGAGGCUGCAAUUUGUGGUCUUCGAACAGGGUUUUUCACCAGAGUGAUCAAGACAGUAGCUCUUGCUGCAUUCACCUGCUUUCUUGCAUUGGGAGGGGCUUUGGUGGGAAUAUUUGUUGGAGCCAUCAAAGGGCAGACCACAGAAACUGGGUUUCUAAAUGGGGCAGGCAUAGGAGCUGUGACAGGGGCACUUGCAGCCAUUCAAUUACUGGAAUCUGCAGCUGAUUGCGAGUCAUUAUCCAAGGUUGCCCUCUUAGGUAGUUUAAUGAAUGGGAGGGUCUUCGUGGAAUGGGUUUGUCCUGCAGUGCUAAAAGCUUAUCAGUGGCAAGUUAGGAAUCUUGAAACAAAUUAUCGAGAAGUUUCAGAUAUCUAUGACAUCAGUAGUGGAGUUAAAGGGCUAUCCGACAGCUGCAUUCAGAAGCUUCCUAUGCAUAGGUUUCACUCUAGACAGAUGAUCGAAUCAUGUGAUGAUUUCUGUUGCUCCAUUUGCUUACAGGAUUUCAAGGAUGAAAACUCUGUGAGAGAACUUCCCAACUGUGGACACCUCUUUCAUCUGGACUGCAUAGACCAGUGGCUAACUAGACAAGGCACUUGCCCAGUGUGUAGAGAUUAUGUUUGUGACGAUUGAUAAUUUGAAGUUCCAAAAGAAAAAGAGCAAAAUUUAAGAUUUUUCUUCAACAAAAAGAUAUAAACAAAUGGAGCAAAGGCAUACACAAUGUAUAUCAAUUUCAAUGUAUCCAAACGAUAUUCCUUUUGAGGGUGGCUUUGAGAUUACACUUGAGAUUACUUCAUC